AUGGCCGUAGCGAUGGCCGCCACGAGCUCCCAGCCCUACUGGGCUCUUGAUUCGGCUGCACAAGCUGACAACGACGGCCGCUACGCAGUGAGUCGUGCAAUGUUCCGAAAGGAGAAGGACCGCAUGAUUGCAGCAAUUCGCCAGGAUGCCAGUGCACUUCGUGAUGCUUCAGUCGAACUCCGAAACGACAGGGAGGUCGUGAUGGCGGCCCUUGAAGAGAAUGGCCUUACCUUGCGCUACGCGUCUGCAGACCUGAAGGACGACGAGGAGCUUGUGAUGGCAGCAGUUCAGCGGACUGGCUUUGCCUUGGAAUCUGCCUCGCCCGUUCUUAAACGCAGCAAAGACAUCGUUUCGGCAGCCGUCCAACGCGAUGGCUUGGCCUUGGAGUGUGCAUCGGAUGAGUUGAAAAAUGACAAGGACGUCGUCCUGGCAGCUGUAUGCCGUGAUGGCUUGGCUUUGGUGUAUGCUUCAGAUGGACUGAGGAACGACAAGGAUGUGGUGAUGGCAGCAAUUGAUCAAAUCUGGAUUGCAGUGGAAUACGCCUCGGAAGAUCUGAAGAGAGACAAGGAGGUCGCUCUCAGUGCGAUCCAUCAAAACCCAAAAGCCCUGGCUUCUUUGUCUAAGGACCUGAAGAGGGACCAGGGGGUGGUUUUGGCGGCAAUUCAGCCGAGCCCGCUUGCCCGAGGCACCUCAACGAAGGAGUUGAGGAUGGACCACGAGGCCGUCAUGGCCGCACUGCGCAAGGAAUGCUCUGCGCUGGUAUAUGCCGCUGAGGAGUUAAAGAAGGACAAGGGCUUCAUGAUGGAAGCAGUGCAGACCAAUGGCUUUGCUUUGGAGCACGCAUCUAUGGGCCUGAAGAAGGACAAGGAUGUGGUAUGCCGGGCGGUUCAUCAAAAUGGGCUGGCCUUGCAUCUAGCUGCAUCCGAGCCGCAGAACGACUCAGACGUAGUCUUGGCCGCCAUUCGUCAGAACCCCUUCGCCUUGAGCUAUGCUCCUACUUGGUUGAAGGAAAGCCGGAGUUUCCUGUUGACAGCACUUCGUGAGAAUGGACUUGCCUUUGAGCUCGUUGGUGAAAGUUUGCAGAUGGACAAGGAGGUCGCCUUGGUGGCAGUUCAACAGAAUGGCCUCGCCUUGGAGCAUGCUGGAGAUGAGCUCAAGAACAAUUUGGAGGUCGUGUCUGCGGCUUGCAGCCAAGAUCCUUGUGCUUUGGAAUUCGCUUCGGCUGGCUUGAAGGAUAACAAGGACCUCGUGAUGGCAGCUGUCCUUCGCAAUGGCGCUGUGCUGAAGCAUGCUUCGCAGCAUCUCCAGAUGGACGAUCAGCUCCUCUUGGCAGCAGCUGCUCGGCCCUUGCGCCGCUUCUCCCAUGAAAGAGCCGAGAUUGGAGCGGGGCCAUUUUCAGCGAAAGGGAGACUGCAGACACAGGAGCUCUUCCCCGAAGCGGCCUUGGCGGCAUUCAACGAGCCAGGGGAUGUACAAGAGCUGGUCACACGACCUCUCACGAGUGGCCUGAUGACGGAGCCGCCAGAGCAGACAGACCUCCAAGUCGACCCAGCUGAGGAUCAUGUGGAUGCAUCAAGUGUCGAAGAUGCAACAUCGGAUGGUGUGCUUGAAGUAGAAACAAGCGAGGCAAGUUCUCCGAGACGUCCAAAUGCAGACAUGCCAGACGAAUCCCAGCACCGCACGGAACCGUCAACCCCUCCGUCAACACCUCGAACGGAGUCAGGAGAGCCCGCCGCAGAGACAACGAGAGCCAUGCCAGCUGAGGAAGAUGGCUGUGAGGUGGUCGACCCCAGCUCGAACCAACAUGACGAGCCGAGCCACCUGGAGGAUCGAUGCAUACAGAUGAGCCACGAGCAAGAUCUGCCUCAGAGUCAGGAGGCUUCAUCCGAAUUCGGGCAUGAGGCAGUGCUCGCCACAGUGCAGCGCGAUCAUCCCGGCCUGGCGCUGGCCACCACGAGCGACAGGAAGCUCCUUAUUGACCCUGACAACUGGGUCAGCAUCCUGAAUGCCGAGCCGAUCUUCGAGGCGGUCGAUGCCUUCGCUGCGGAGCGGCUCCAGCUGGUGGGAGAGAAAAGAGCGCAGUCGAGGAGGAUGGCUUUCGACCAUGCCGUCACUGAAGCAGAGAUGGGUCUCCUCAGCGGAGCAGCUCAGAGGGCCUUCUCUUCGGGUUUAUUCUCACAAAGUGCAGCCGACUGCUCCUUGGCUCCUUUGGCCUCGGGCGCAGCGGACGAGGAGCUUCUUGGACUUGCCGUCCAGGAGCUAGUGGCCUGCCUUGCCGAGCGGUUUUUGCAGCGGGCAGUCUCCGCAGGCUUCUCCGUCCACCUCUCCCAAACUUCUGACGGGGACUUGAAGCUGGCAGAUUCCUUGCUGGCCAAGCUGAGCCCUCCUUCGAGGAAGGACCUUGAAGAGAAUCCACUCGGGGCGGAGCAGGGUUAUGGCUAUUGGGCGCCUCAUAUCGACAAGGCCAAUGUGCCCGGCUACGACGUCAGCGCCAUCCUCUACCUCUCGACCAUGGGUGAGCAGUUUUCCGGGGGGGCCUUCGCCUUCAACGACGCUGAUGCGGACAGGAUCGUCGAGCCCAAGAUGGGGAGGCUUCUGCUGUUUGACUCAGGCCCCAGCAACUUGCACCAAGUCUAUCCAGUGCUUUCUGGCACUCGCUUGGCGCUCUCGGUUUGGUUCAGCCGUUCCCUGACCAAAGACGCGGCACUGUCCUCUGUCGCACAGCAGCAACUGACGGUGAACCAGGUGCAGCUUCCUAACUUCGACGGCUCCGUGAAGCUGUUUCAGGUGAUGCAUAUGAGCGUGGAGCAAGCCUCCAAGAAGUUCUUAGAGCAGAACAAGCGCCAUGUCUACAACACGCCGACCAGCUACCUUGAGCUCCUCUCCAGCUUCAUAUCAGUACUGGCCAUGAAGCGGAAGCAGGUGGGCACGCAGCAGAAGAGAUACAAGGUUGGCCUGGAGAAGAUAGGUGAUGCCGAGGAGCAGGUCAGUGGCUUGCAGCAGAUGCUGGUGGAGAAGAAGCCGAAGCUCGAGCAGACGCAGAAGAUGGUCGAGGAGAUGAUGAAGGUCAUCGAAGUGGACAAGGCCGCCGCUCAAGAAGUGUCCACGAAGGUGGCGAAGGAGGAGGCAGAG